GUCGGCUUUGAAACCAAUUUUGCCGUGAGCUAACUGAACUCGUACUGCAACAUCAUCGCGCGAAACUCGACCAAUACUUUUUUUAUUUUUUAUUUUUAAAAAACCACACAAGCAACCUCCACCUCUAUAUCCACGCUCACGUCACGUCUAUAUCUUUGAGGGAGGCUCCAACAUUGCCAUCAAGAUGGCUACGAAUACUAACGGUGAUGCAGCCGCCGUUCUGGAUGAUAUCAGACCUCCUCAGGGUGUUGUUUUGCCACCAAAAGAAUUUCGAACUAUCCUUGAAAAGACUGCUGGCUUCGUCGCCCGAAAUGGUCUCGCAUUCGAAGAUCGUAUUCGAGAGAAAGAAAAACACAAUCCUAAAUUCUCCUUUCUAAGCAAUGCCGACCCUUACAAUCCCUUCUAUUUAUGGCGACUAAGCGAGAUCAAAGAGGGUCGCGGUACCGCCGUCGCUGCUGGUCGAGCUGCCGAAGCUGCCGCCGUCGUCGAGACGAAACCUGCUGGCCCUCCUAAACCUCCCGACUUUCAAUUCUCUGCGCGUAUGCCCAACAUAAGCGCCCAGGAUCUCGAGGUUGUGAAACUGACGGCUCUGUUUGUUGCCAAGAAUGGCAGGCAGUUCAUGACCACUCUCUCCCAAAGGGAGGCCGGUAAUUACCAAUUCGACUUCCUGAGGCCAAACCAUAGCUUGCACAACUUCUUCCAACACCUUAUCGAUCAAUACUCUAUGCUCCUACGCGCUGGUGGACUAGAUGGCGAAGGGGGAAGAGUUCAGCAAGAAAGGAUCGCCGAGUUGCAACGUAAUAUCGAUGACAAAUUCCACAUAUUGAGCCGCGCUAAACAGAGAGCUGAGUGGUUGAGACAUCAAGAAGGCGAGAAGCAGAAAAAAGAAGAGGAAGAAGAACAGGAGAAGAUGUCGUAUGCCCAAAUUGACUGGCACGAUUUUGUUGUUGUUGAGACCGUCGUCUUUACUGAAGCCGAUGACCAAGCAAACUUACCCGCACCGACUUCUCUAUCCGAUUUGCAAUACGCUUCUCUAGAACAGAAGGCCAAGGUGUCCGUCAGUGCUAACUUGCGUAUUGAGGAAGCUAUGCCUACAGAUGAAGAUAACACAUACAACGCGUAUCCAGCAGAGCCUAACUACAAUCUUCCUCACCACCCUGCACAGCCAAUGACUGGUAUACAACUUCAUCCGUCCACUUCCACGCCACCCCAAGCAGCCUACCAGAUGGCCCCUCCACCACGGCCGAGCGGUACCCAAGAAGAUGAGGAGAACCUGCGAAUACGUGAAAGAGAGGAAGCUCGCUUACGGAUGCAAUAUGCCCAGGCAGAAGCUAAAGGCGGCGCUGCUCCUAUGAAGAUUAAGGAGAAUUAUGUUCCUCGUGCUGCUGCUCGAGCGGCUAACCGACAGGGAACCCAGACGGCGCUUUGCCCGAACUGCCACCAGCAAAUCCCAAUGAAUGAAUUGGAAGCACAUAUGCGAAUUGAGUUACUUGAUCCCCAAUGGAAGGAACAGAAGGCGAAGGCUGAAUCGCGAUAUGCAACCACCAAUUUGUCACAUGCUGAUGUAGCCAACAAUCUGAAACGAUUCGCGAGCCAACGAGGAGAUCUAUUCGAUGGAGUUACCGGGCAGCCGAUCUCAGAAGAGGAGAUGGCGAGAAGAAAGCGAGCGGCGUUGAAUAGCUUCGACGGCAACCCUGAGGGUAGGAGCCAGGCGCAUAUCAAUCACAUGCAAAGCGUGAAUGUCGACGAGCAAAUUGCCCGAAUCCACCAGAGGUUUGCUAAGGACAACCAACAAGGACAUUAGCCACAGCAUAACGGACUGAAACCACAGCCGUUGGAUAUGUACAGAUAGAAGUUACUCUUGCGCCAUGCUACGAGAAUUAGGAGGGUUCGCGGAUAGAUUUUUAGUCUCCGCUAUCGAUCUUUACCAGAAAGCAUCCCCAGGUUCCUCUUAUGCUUAUAGCACGUAUGGGAGGGAAGUGGCGAGGAGAUAGGGGCAAUCGUUUGAAGGAUGGCUGAACAGCUCUAUGUUCCCCGACCAGACUGCGCUGCGGUCCCUAUACUCGGGUAUGUCGAGGUUUUAUAUAUUCCGUAUCGUGGAAUUUACUUAGCUUAUCAACUAAUGUUCUCACCCGGGACAGAGUUACAGCGGCUUUCUGUGAGAGGACCAAAUUGUGUAUAAAUAUUAACACCUGGUGAUUCCCGGAACCGAGAGCACGCCUGCCUCUAUGUAUAAGUAACGUCUCUAGAAGACUGCAAGGUAUGACCUAGAACGGCCACGACAAAAAUGAGCAUAUGAACUGUAUGUCUUUGUAAUUAGUGAUGAGCAAAAAAGUGACGAAUGUGUCGGCGACAUAGUUCGAAAUCUUGGGGACUGCUAGUUAAAUUGUUCAACUAUGUUUACAUAGAUACCUAAGAUACGGACGAGUACAUAUGAAAUAUUUGGUAUUUCACACUUCACACAAAAA